AUGGUUCGGUUGUGUACGACUCCAUUUUGGGAUAAAAAUAUAACAAAAGCGCCGUAUCCUUAUUUAACUGAGUGCUUUCGUGAUACGGCUUUACAAUGGUUUCCACUGAGUGUCUUUUGGUUGGUUUUACCAUUAUGGCUAUGGAUGUUAUCGGAAAGAAAAAUUCAACCAAGACCAUUGCCAUUUUCAGCUUUGUUUACUACUAAAGCGACGUUGACUGUUCUAUUUCUAAUGGUUCAAAUCACUCGUAUUGUGUAUUAUUAUGUGCUACCAUCGGAUACAGAGCAAAAUCUAGCCAAUAUAAUAAGUCCAAUUUUAUAUUUAAUAACAUCAUUGAUUAUAUUUUGGCUAUUGAAUUAUGAACGUCGUAAAGGCAUGUUUUGUUCUGGUCUCCUUUUUGGCUUUUGGCUAUUAGUAUGUUUAACUAUAAUACCAGAUGUGAUUGAUUAUUCAAUGGACUAUCAUCAAGGAAAAAAAUCAAUCUAUGUGCUGCGAGAAGUCAUACGUGUUUGGCUUCAUGCUAUUUUUGCAUUGGGCUCAUUUGUCACACAUUGUCUCGCAGAAAGUUAUAAUUUUCCUGCAUUAUCAGCCGAUGAAACACCAACUGUACCUGAGUUAUAUCGAAAUUUUCCGUCUCGUAUAACUUUCUGGUGGGUAACACCACUUAUUAUUCGUGGAUACCGAAAACCAUUAACUGAAAAAGAUUGUUGGCAAUUGGAAAUCUCUGAACGAGCUAUUAACAUUGUUCAUCGAGUAAAAGCUUGUUUCGAAGGAGCAGCCAGUCGAUCAAAAUCAAUUGCCUAUGAAAAGACUAGAAAUUGGAAUAAAAAUGAUACCGCUGAGAGGAAAAAGGUUGAAGAUGAAAAUCGAGAUUUAUUAAAACAAUUGCCGUCGGUUGAAAUAAAAAAUAAGCCUGCAGGAAUUCGAACACCGAUUGUAUUUUGGCGAGCUCUCUUUCGAGCAUACAAAGGCAAAUUAAUUGCUGGUGGCUUAAUGAAAGUUGUUCAUGAUGUUUUACAAUUCAGUGGACCCAUGAUUCUCAAGCAAGUUCUUACUUUUUUAACGGAUCCAACAGCACCAGGAUGGCUUGGCGUAUUUUAUGCUGCUCUACUUGGUGCAACCGUUAUUUGUCAAACAUUAUUUUUACAAGCUUACUUCCAUCGACAAUAUGUUGUUGGUCUUCGAUUUCGUUCAGCUAUCACUGCACUUGUAUAUCGAAAGAGUUUGAAACUAUCCAAUUCAGCUAAACAAGGAACAACAACUGGAGAAAUUGUUAAUUUAAUGUCAAUUGAUGCUUCACGUUUCGGUGACCUUACUUCAUAUAUACAUGUCUUAUGGUCGGGACCAUUUCAAAUCGUUCUUGCACUUGUAUUACUUUAUCGACAAAUGCAAUUAGCAAUUAUUCCUGGUCUUAUAUUAUUACUUCUCUUGAUUCCAAUGAACUUAUAUCUACAAAGAGUUCAAAAAAAACUAACAACCAAACAAAUGAAAUUAAAAGAUCAACGAAUAAAAAUGAUGAAUGAAAUUCUUAAUGGAAUCAAAGUUUUAAAAUUGUAUGCAUGGGAACAAGCAUUCAUUCGACGAAUAAAUGAUGUACGUGAAAAAGAACUGAAAUGUUUACGCCAAAAAGCUUUUCUAAACGCUGUAUCAAGUGCAAUAUGGGCAUUCGCACCAAUUCUUGUAUGCAUUGCAACAUUUGCUGCAUAUGUAUUCUCAUCAGAGGAUAAUAUUUUAACAGCUGAAAAAGCUUUUGUUUCAUUAGCAUUAUUUAAUUUACUUCGAUUUCCACUUGUUGUAUUUCCAACUAUUAUCAAUAGUAUUAUUGAGGCUAAUGUAUCAAAUAAGCGUAUACAAAAAUUUUUAAACAAUGAAGAAAUCGAUGAAGCUGCCGUCAUUAAGACAGCAAUCGAUUCUGAACAUAAUAUAAUAAAAAUUGAGAAUGGUUCAUUUCAAUGGUCAAAUGCAACCAAUGCUUCGGUUAUAUUAACAAAUAUUAAUUUUAAAGUUCGCCAAGGUUCACUUGUUGCUAUCGUUGGAUCAGUAAGUGCAGGCAAAAGUAGUAUACUAGCAGCUGUACUUGGUGAAAUGUGUAAAAUUAAUGGACAAGUUACUAUUAGCGGAACAAUUGCUUAUGUGCCACAAACAGCAUGGAUUUUUAAUGCAACACUUAAGCAAAAUAUUUUAUUUGGAAAAGAUUAUGAUGAAAAAUUAUAUAAUGAAAUUAUUGAUGCAUGUGAAUUACGAUCAGAUUUUGAACAUUUGCCAGAAAGAGAUGAAAUAGAAAUUGGAGAGAAGGGUAUUAAUCUAUCGGGUGGCCAAAAACAACGAGUCGCAUUAGCUCGAGCUUUAUAUAGUGAUGCCGAUAUUUAUCUACUUGACGAUCCUUUAUCAGCUGUUGAUGCACAUGUUGGUGCUCAUAUUUUUAAAUAUGUUAUUGGGCCAAAUGGUUUAUUAAAAAAUAAAACUCGUAUUCUAGUAACACAUGGUGUGUCAUAUUUACAUAAAUGUGACAAAAUAGUUGUUGUUGCAUCUGGUGAAAUCACUGAUCAUGGAUCGUACGAUGAAUUAAUGAAAAAAAGUAAAACUUUUCAUGAUCUUGUAUAUUCAAUUGAGACAAAAGAAACUGAACAAAAAUCGAGUGAUACAGAACCUAAAACUCCAUCAACAUCGCCGAUUAAAAUAAAUGAAGAUGUGUUGAAAGUGGUUGAAGAUGACAUUGAAGAUGAUGCUCAAGAGGAAGAACCAACAACUCCAUUAAUAACCGAUGAAAACCACUUAAAUGAACCAAAAGAAACAAAACAAGUACUUAUUCAAAAAGAAACUAUUGAAACGGGUUCAGUUAAACUAAAUGUAUUUACUACUUAUAUUCGUGCGUGUACAGUACCAAUGGUUUUAUUUAUAUUUUGCUUAUUUUCUCUUACGGCAUUAUUAUCAUUGAGUACAAAUGUAUGGUUAUCAAGAUGGACGGAUCGAUCUAAAAAUGAAUCAAUGUCAGCUAAUGUAACAUCAGGAUCAAUUAGUAAACUACGUGGCAUAGCUAUUUAUUCAAUAUUGGGCCUUUGUCAAGUUGUAUUCGAGUUCAUAGGCACAUAUAUUAUGUUUAAAACAAGUUUGUAUGCAUCACGUAAACUCCAUAAUCGAUUUAUUCUUAAAAUACUUCGAUUAUCAUUAUCAUUCUUUGAACGAACACCAUUCGGUCGAAUAAUCAAUCGUUGCUCAAAUGAUAUUGAUAUGAUCGAUAAUAGUAUUAUGUUUACAUUACGUUCAACUCUUAAUGCAUUACUUGGUUUUAUUAUAUGUUUUAUUCUUAUUGCUCAUUAUCUGCCCGAAACAAUACCGAUUAUGAUUAUAAUGUUUAUUCCAUUUGUUUUUCUUGAGGUUAACAAAAACAAAAAAUACAUUCUAGUUUUGAUUAAUUCGUUGCUAUUAGCUAUGCUCAAUUGUCUUGCGUCUUUCACUAUGCAAUUUUUCGUGUAUUUUGCUGCUUAUGUUGCUAGUAGAAAAUUACACUCAUCUAUAUUAUUUGGCGUGUUACGUGCACCUAUGGCUUUUUUUGAUACAACACCAAUAGGACGAAUAAUAAAUCGCUUUGCUAAAGAUAUCGAUGCGAUUGAUUCAUCCUUACCAUCUUCGUUUUCAUCCUCAUUUUCAACAUUAAUCGCUGUAUUGAUAACUAUAAUUAUACUUAUUUAUGGUUCGUGGUUUGCUGUUUUUGCAUUAGUGCCGCUUGCUAUACUUUUUUCCUUCAUACAGCGUGUUUAUGUAGCAUCGUCAAGGCAACUUCGACGUCUUGAUUCGACUACACGUAGUCCCGUAUAUUCAAAUUUUGGAGAAACAGUUCAAGGCCUUAGCUCCAUCAGAGCUUAUAAUGCACAGCAACGUUUUAUUGAUAUGUCAGAUCAUUUACUUGAUAAAAAUCAAGCAUGUUACUUUGCUAGUUGUGUCGCCAAUAGAUGGUUGGCAGUACGCCUUGAAUCAAUAACCAAUGCAUUAACAUUCUUUACAGCACUAUUUGCUGUUCUCAUGCGUACUCAUCUUACAGCAGGUAUUGUUGGUUUAACAAUAACGUAUGCAAUGCAAAUAAGUCAGUCACUCAAUUGGCUCGUUCGUAUGGCAAGCGACAUUGAAACUAAUAUUGUUAGUGUUGAACGUGUAAAUGAAUAUGCUGAAUUAGAACCAGAAGCACCCUGGGAAAUAGCUGAAAAGAAGCCACCCAGUGAUUGGCCUGCUACUGGAGAAAUUCAACUUAAUAACUUAACAGCACGAUACCGAGAAAAUUUAAAGUUAGUUCUUAAAGGUGUUACAGUUAAUAUUCAGCCAGGAGAAAAGAUUGGUAUUAUUGGACGUACAGGCAGUGGAAAAAGUAGUUUAUGUAUAACAUUAUUUCGUAUUAUUGAACCUACAGGUGGUGAAAUAAUUAUUGAUAAUAUUGAUAUUCGUCGUAUUGGUUUACAUGAUCUUCGAUCAAAAAUUACUAUUAUUCCACAAGAUGCGGUUAUCUUUGCUGGAACAGUAAGAUUUAAUAUUGAUCCAUUUGGCACUUAUAGUGAUGCAGCAAUUUGGGCAGCAUUAGAACUAGUACAUAUGAAAGGACGUAUCAGCGUACUAAAUGAUGGUCUUUCACAUUUAUUAACAGAAGGUGGCGAAAAUCUAAGCUCUGGUGAAAGACAAUUAUUAUGUAUGGCAAGAGCUCUAUUACGAAAGAGUAAAAUUUUUGUACUUGACGAAGCAACAGCAGCUAUUGAUAUGGAAACAGAUCGAUUAAUUCAAAUGACAAUUCGAACAGCUUUCAAAAAUGCAACUGUAUUAACUAUUGCACAUCGACUUCAUACAAUUUUAGAUAGUACCAAAAUUCUAGUUUUAUCCGCAGGCCGCGUAAAAGAAUAUGAUGAACCAAGGCGUUUAGCAGCAAAUCCAACGUCCGCUUUUGCAAAAUUAUUACGCGAUGCAAAUAUUAAUUUAAAUACUACAAAUCCCAUGUUGCAAUAA